GAAAGCUGAUGAAUGUUUGUUAUUACUGAAGUGUCUUUUUGUUGUAUCUACUACGGUCGAUCGCUUUGUCCUCUUUAAGGCUACUGUGACAUUUUAAUGAGAAUAUUAAAGCUAGUUGUGUUUUGAUUUAAGCUAACGUCAUAAGCAUAAAGCAUGGACUGCAGAGUUCUGUCAGUUCAAAGUCAUGUUGUCAGAGGAUAUGUGGGAAACAAAUCUGCAUCGUUUCCUUUGCAGGUGCUGGGCUUUGAAGUGGACACUAUAAACUCUGUGCAGUUCUCCAAUCACACAGGAUAUGAGCACUGGAAAGGGCAAGUGAUGACUGCGGACGAAUUGCAUGUCCUGUACGAGGGGAUCAAGCUCAACAACGUGAACCAUUACGACUAUGUGCUUACAGGGUACUGUAGGGAUGAUUCCUUUUUGGAAACGGUGGUCAACAUUGUACAGGAGCUGAAGAGGGCAAACCCAAGCCUUGUGUAUGUGUGUGAUCCGGUGCUGGGUGAUAAUGGGGCCAUGUAUGUUCCUGAGAACAUGUUGCCUGUCUACAGGGACAAAGUAGUGCCAGUCGCUGACAUAAUUACUCCCAAUCAGUUUGAAGCACAACUCCUCACUGGUAGAAGCAUAAGUUCUGAAAAAGAUGCCGUUGAAGUGAUGAACCUGCUGCAUUCGAUGGGUCCAGACACAGUGGUCAUCACCAGCUCUGACCUGCCCUCUCCUCUGGGGGAUCAGUAUCUGGUCGCCCUGGGGAGCCAGAAAAGAGUGAGAGCAGAUGGUUCCAUGGUGACCCAACAGAUCCGUAUGGACAUCCCCAGGGUAGAUGCUGUAUUUGUGGGAACUGGAGACCUGUUUGCUGCGAUGCUUCUGGCAUGGACACACCACCACCCAAAUGAUCUGAAGACAGCCUGUGAAAAGACCAUUUCCGUCAUGCACCAUGUCAUUAAGAGGACUAUUACUUAUGCAAAAGAGGUGGCCGGUCCUGAUCGAAAGCCCAGUCCUGCUCAGCUUGAGUUGCGGAUGAUCCAGAGUAAAGGAGACAUUGAGGAUCCUGCCAUAGUUUUGAAUGCUGUUGUAAUGUAGUGCUUUACUCUUUAAAUUCUGUACUAAACAAUAUGAUGUACUAUGUUGUACUAUGAAUGUCAUAUGUUUAACAGACAGACUUUACAGUCACACUGUGGAUGCUGGACGGCUCAUAUUUUUAUGCUGUAGUGUUAUAGAUUAUUUUAUAACAACAAUAAUGCUCUUAGAAUUGAAACUGUGACUUCUGGUACUUCAUAGUGCAUUAAUGCAGGUAGUGCGUCCAAAAACUAACAUGUGACCGUAUGUUAUUAUACGGUCACAAUUCAUUCCAGCCAUAAUGUGCAUGUGACUAUCCAUCCAUUAUUAGUAUUUUACUUUAAUUUGAUUAUGUAUGUGUCCGUCUGACUUAACCAUUUAUAAUGAUUUAUUUACAUUAAGAAAAUGUAUUUAACAUAUCAGUGUUAUGUCUAACUUUUGAUUUGAUUCAGUCUAUGUUAUACUUAAACAUCAUUUGAUCCUUUAGUCCUAUUAUUUCAUCAGAAUGAUUGUAAAACCCCAGUCAGGCCAAGUUUGAGAAAAAAUGUCUAUUAAAAAAUAAAAAGGAAUUGUCUAGAUACUAAGAAAGUGCCUUGAUAUGCUGCUGUAGAUAUUCAACUAAAAAUGUAUUUAUCUUUGUAAUGAUCAGCAAUAAUUGCUAUGACAGCUAACAUAUUUUGACCAUAAUGUAAUAAAAUCUUUCUAAUUUUUAUGCA